ACAAAUGACUCCGACUCCUAGGAGACGUGCGCAGUCUCGACUCUUGGAGUUAGAGCGCCACAUUGCAAUAAAUGGACGCAUUUCAAUGACGAUCGCCCCUGGAGCGGAGAAGCCUAUUUCUCCACACGUCGUUCGCUUCAGCCAGGCGAUAGGCGUGUGCGUGUGAAAGACAUUUACCGUCCGCUGUCUUAAGUGGGCGGACGUUGGGAGAGAAUACAUUGAGGUCGUCAAGGGCGACCUCCAGGUAAUUAAAUGCACUACACAUUUAUAUAUGAUUUCAUUUGAAACAUAUCUAACUUUAACCAAUCUAAUGUGUUAUGUUUGUAAUGUGUAGCGAUUGUUUGUGUUUGAUUUCAAUGAUCAAGCAAUGAACAGGUUUGUUGAGCAUCAGAUGCUCACGACCUUUAAAGAGUUCCGGGCCGACUGUCAUAGACAUUUCAAAAAGUACAGCGACCUGGAGGAGGCUCGUGCCAACCCACCAAACGCAUUGGUUGGACGUGAUGAGGAUUGGCACUUCCUCUGCAACCAUUAUAUCAGUCGUGCAUUCCAGGAGCAAUCACGGACGAACAAGGCUGCUAGACAGAAGCAGCCUUACAAUCAUAGUAGCGGGUCCAAGUCGUUUCUACAACGACAGUAUGAGCUCGCUGAAAGAAUAGGGCAAUCGGUCGAUCGUGUGGAAUUAAAAAGAGAUUGA